CACAUUUUGACUUGCUCUGUUUGAUCCAUAGUUCAGUAGUGACAUCUAUAUGAUUGAUAAACAUGUAAAUGUACUUUAUGACAAAGCCUCUAGCUUAAAGCCACUUGACAUACACCAACUAUUGAUUGUUCUGACAUUGUAACAAUUGCCCUUGUAAGAUAUAUCAUAAAAACCAAACUUCUUGUUUAUGUAUAAAUGUAAUGAUCAAUGUAUAUGUAAGAUUCCUAUUAUUUGUCUUUUCUGAUUUGCACAGAAAAAUAUGAAGUUGUUGAUGGAGUUAUUUAUCCUUCAUCCCAUAUUCAUAUAAAAUGUAAGAGUUCAUAAUAUAUUACCAUUACUAAAUAUAGAACAAUGGCACACCUUUAGUACAAUCAAACAUUUAAGCAUGCACUUAUUGAUAAGCUCACUUUAGAGUAUGAUAUAUUCUUUUGAUAAAAAACCUAUAACAAAGGUAGAAUAGAACUCAGCUCUUGCAUAUAAUUUAAAAUAUUGUUGUCCAGUGACCAUAGUUUUCUAUUAGUGAAAACACCGAAAUUGCUGCAUAGGGUUGUCAACAUAAUUAAAUUUCCUUAAAUAAAGCUGUCAAGUCAUUGCCUAUUUUAUAAAUUCAGAGAAAUAAAUAUUUAACGAAUGUUAAGAUAAUGAAUGUAAUAAAACAUUGUUUCUUAGCAAUCAAUAAAGUUUUACAAGGCCAUUGUAAAUAAAGGUAGAGCCUUUUGAUUGAUCAAAUAAUGCUUUUUAAAAAAUAAUUGAUAAGACAUGGCUGUUACAUAGUGUCAAGAGCAAUGUGCACAUUAGCUAUACAUGAAUCAGUAACCAAAUACAUAGACAGCUAGACUGUGUUGAUUUUAUUCAAAGAGGAGUUCUCUAAAAAGAAAAAUGGCGUCUGCAACAAGUACACAAGAAGAGAAAUUCAAGGACAUUUUGACAUGCUCGAUAUGCCUGGAACAGUUUACAGAUCCAAAAGUGUUGCCUUGUCUGCAUACUUUCUGUCUUGGUUGUAUAGACACUUGGGCAACACAAAACCAGACUGGCAAGAAGCUGCCCUGCCCAAUAUGUAAGGAACAGAUGGUUGUACCAGAUGGAGGCUUAAAAGCGAUGAAACCAAACUUCCUGCUUAAUACAAUACAAGAUGUAUUAAGCAGUACAUCUUACCAGAAUCACCAGGUGGACAAUUGCGACAUUUGUUUUCAAGAUGAAAGAACAUUAAAAGCUGAAUUUAAAUGUCUGGAAUGUACUGAAAAACUAUGUACCAACUGUUUUAAAGUUCAUUCAAAGUUAAAAUCAUCAAAAGACCACAAAAUAAUCAAACUGACUGGUGAUGUAGCAGUGGACAUAUCAAAUGAAAUGAAGCAUCUGACUGAACGUAGUAUAUAUUGUGAGAAACACCCCCAACAAGUACUCACAUGCUACUGUACUGAAGAUGCUUGUGCCAUAUGCUCCACUUGUUAUUUUACGCAACAUUCCAAACAUUCAUGUUCGGAUAUAAAUGAUGAGGUCUUGAGGGAUAAAAAACAAAUUGAAAAACUUUUGGACAUCGCUAGAUCCAAACAGCAUGCCAUGACAAAUCACUUGAAAAGUUCCCAGAAGAAGCAACGUGAGAAUCUGAAGUUAAAGAUUAACCGGGAUAGAUUCCGGGUACUUGAACAUGUCCAAGACUAUUACGAUAAUCAAGUUAAAGCAUUGGAUUCUCAUUUUGCUGAAAACACAGGCCUCUUUUCUAAGCAAAUGCUUGAGAUUGAGAAUUUCACACAAUACUUAUGUAGUCUAAGGGACCAUGGACAUGCCAUUGAAAUUGUCAACAUGAGAAAAGAAUUGAACAAGAAGUAUGAAGACUGGUCAAAACAAACCAUCACUGGAGAUGAUGUUCAAGUCACAGGAUUCAAUUGUGACUUUCUUCCUGGGUUGACCACAGAAGAGUCCCAGUCCGCAGGUGAGACGAUAACUUUGGGCAAGUUUCUCCCAAAACCUAAGGACAUGAAUGCCAAUAAGAACAGUGCAGGCAAGAUCCAGUCUGUAAGAGAAUCGUCAACGGUAAGAAGUAAGCAUAAAAAAUCCUAUGCACGUGCUCUUGUUCCGACCAGUUUUGAUGACACUAAUGAAGAUGAAAGUAGUAGUGAUGAUGAGUUCGUUGAUUGUUUUGAAAGUACACAAGAAACUGCACAGAAAGAAGUGGAAGUACUGUACUCUAUACAUGUAGAUGAUAGACAGCCAAAAUAUGAAAGAUGCCAUUCAAAGGAAGUUCAACUACAGGCAGAGGUGAAGGAACAAACAGCUUCAAUUGCUUGUCCUAAGAAAACAGAGAUGGAAAAGCAUCUUGAUGCUACAGAUGAAGGGUGUCUUGCGAUAGAUCAGUUGGAUGAGAAAGAUGAUUGGCAAGGAGGUAAAAAAAGCAAAAAACGUUCAAAUAAAAGAACAACAGUCGCAUGUUACACUGUUCCACAAAAGAAAAAUAGAAACAAAACGUAUGGUGUCCGUUCAAUUGCAGUCAAGACAAAUGGAGACGUAGCGUAUGUGCUCAGUGAUGUUGAUGAAGUUGAUUUAUGUGAUAAAGCCAUGACAUUUAAGGUAACAUUAAUGGAUUACAGUAGGUCAGGCUAUCGCUCUGUAAUUCCAUUAGUUGGCAACUGCCUUGGAUUUCUGGACUCUAAAUCAUGCGUUAAUAUCUUUGGAAGACUAGAUAUAUUCCAUAAGCAAAUUGAUCUCAAGCAAAGUAUUCAUCCAUACAGUAAUGCUGAUGCACUUGUUCCAGACAUUCGUAAUCUGGCUGUGUUCAAAGAUGGUAACAUUGCUGUGUUGAAUAAAGAAAGAGUCCAGCGCAUUCAUCACUACAACGGGAAGCCAAUUCGCUAUUUUAAAAUCACUUCCAUGAAGGAUCCUGUCAGUCUUACAGUCAACAGUGAAGACAUUGUGAUUGUGGUUGAUAAGGGUUCCCAUAACAUCAAAGGGUUCCACAUGAUGUCAGGGCAACCUGUUAUGUCAUAUGGAAAAGAAGGAAAUGGUACUGGUGAACUGUCUAGUCCAAAUGACAUAUGCACAGACACAGAUAACAAUAUCAUCAUUGCUGAUACAGGAAAUAAGAGGGUCCAUCUCUUAGAUCCAAGAGGUCAGUUCAAGAAAUACAUCCUAAAAUGUCCAGAGAGUCCUCUAUCUGUGGCCAUAAACAAGGACGGACAUUUACUUUGUGGCACAGAUGUUGGUAAAAUAUACUCUUUGAAUUAUAAUGAAUAGACAAUGUCAUUGCAAAAAUAAAUGGCCAGUGUAAUUGUUUUGGUGAAGGAUUUUAGAAUUUAGAAAUAAGAUAAAUAUGAUAUGGCAACAUAGCUGUUUAUGUUUUUUUCUCAGAUUGUAUUGUUGAUAAUGAUGGCACAUUGUCUCAUACUUGAAAAAGAAAAUUACCCAUGGGAGUCUACUUUGAGAAAACAAUAUAUUUUAUGAAAAAUGUUGUGUUGACAUGACUGUCUAAAAAUCAUUUGCCAUACAAUACAUGAUUUUUCAACAAAACUGGUUGUCAAAAUAACAUUAUUAUUCUGUCAAUGUAUACUUAUAACCACUUACAAAAUUCAAAUCACUAAUAUUUGUAGGGGUCUCAAAUCACUUCUCUUCUUACAAAAGAUAUAUACAUGAACUUUGAAGCUACUUGUAUUCAAGCUUAAUGCAUUUUUUUAUUAUUA